CACAUCACAUGGCGGCCGGGCCGGAGCGGAGCAGGGCAGUAUUAUAUACAUGUCCUGCAGCGAUCCUGCAGAGCACAUCACGUACGCCCAUCGCCGCCGCCGGAACCAUGGCGACGGAGUCGGAAGGGGACAUGGAGUUCCUCUGGAAGUGGCGCAAGUACCUGCUGCUGCUCGCCACGCUGGUCGCCAGCGUCACCUACGUCGCCGGCCUAAACCCGCCGGGUGGCAUCAGGUCCGAGGACGGAGGCAACGACCCAGAGCAUGGCGUCGGCGACGUUAGGCUGGGCGCAGUCAACCCACCGGCGCCGCUGUCCCCGGCGCCGGCGGUCUACCCGUUUCUCGUCGGCGACCCCGUGCUCGUGCACACCUACGCGGACAGGUACACCGCCUUCUUCUACUGCAACGCGGCCGCCUUCGUCGCGUCCCUGGUCAUCAUCAUGUUCCUGCUGGACCGGCGUAUCAGCGGCAACCGUGUCGGCCUCACCGUGCUCCGCUCCGCCAUGCUGCUCGACCUGCUCGCCCUCAUGGCCGCCUUCGCCGCCGGGAGCUGCCGCAGCGUGGUUGGGUCCAUCUACGUCUCCGCGCUCUUCGCCCUCGUCUUCGCCUACGUCGCCAUACACGUCCGCUUGGAAAGGAGCAAGGAACCGGCGGACGAGAGCCACCUCAAGGAGCGCCGUAAGUUCCUCCUGCUGCUCGCCACCUUCGCCACGCCGCUGACAUACGGCGCCGGACUGGCGCCUCCGGGAGGCUUCUGGAGCGAGACUCGAGCGGGGCACCGCGCCGGCGCCCCGCUGCUGCACGACGGGCCAUACAAGAUCCGCUACCACGCCUUCUUCUACGCCAACGCCAACUCCUUCGUCGCCUCCCUCGCCAUCAUCAUGCUCCUCAUGAGCAGCACGCUGAGCGGCCGCCUCGCCAGGUCCUACGCGCUGCCGGUGUGCGUGCUGGUGGAGCUGCUGGGCCUGAUGGCCGCCUACGCCGCCGGCAGCUGCAGGUGGAUCACCACCACCGUGUACAUCGCCUGCCUCGUCGGCGCAGUGUUCCUGUACAUCCUGCUGCAGGUGGUCAUCGCAGGGUACGUCUCCGGCAUACACUCCGUCAAGGAAUGGAAGCAGAGUAAUAAUCCAAAUAAUGAAGAAAAACUAGGAGUAGUGCAAGAGGGAGGUGUGACCAGGAGACUCGAAAGCAACAAUGGCCAGCAGGGUGCGGAGAAGGUGGAAGAGUCACGGUCGCUCCUGCUGCUGCUGGCCACGCUGGCGGCGACGGUGACUUACCAGGCAGGGCUGAGCCCGCCGGGCGGCGUCUGGCCGGAAGGGCAUCUAGAUAGCAGUCACACUGCCGGAAACCCGGUGCUCCACGACAUUAACCCUAAGAGGUACAAAGCUUUCUAUCACUGCAACACCGCGGCGUUCGUGGCGUCGCUGGUAGUCAUCGUCAUCGUCCAGAGCAAGGAGCUGAGCUCCGGCGCCGUCGUCAGGCGCGCCGCGCUUAACACGGUCAUGAUACUGGACCUGUUCGGCCUCAUGGGCGCCUACGUUGCGGGGAGCUGCCGGGACGGCACAACCACCAUCUACGUUGCCUCCCUAGCCGUCGCCAUCUUCGUCUACUCCAUCGCCAAGGUCGUGGCGUUCUCGGCUAAGGGCAAGCACAGCAAGCUGACGCGUUGGGUGCAAAGCAUGUGCGAUAACCUUGCACGAUUGCUCCGCCUCACCUCCGACGUGUCGUCGCAGCAAUGGAAAGGGGGACAAGCUCAAGGAGCGGUGCAUGUUCCUACUGCUGCUGAUCACCUUCAAGGUGAGUCGUCCCGGCAAGGAGUGGAACCACAUCAAGGAGCGGCGCAAGUUCACGGCGAGCUCGACUUGGAGUCCGAGAGUAAGCAUAUUCUUCAAGAUGAAAAGCGUAUUCUUGAGAGGAAGCGCAAGUUCUUGCUGCAGCUCGCCAUACUCGCGGCCACUGUCACGUACCAAACCGGGUUGAACCCGCCAGGCGGCUUCUGGACAAAGAGCGACGGGGGGAUAUCGGUCACCGCCGGUGACCCAGUGCUCCUCGACUACUACGGGGUCAGGUACCAAGUGUUCUUCUACUGCAACGCGACGGGGUUCAUGGCCUCGGUCGCCGUCAUCCUGCUCCUGGUGAACCAGACACUGUCCAAGCAAGGCAUUCGGAGCCACGCACUCCAUGUCUGCAUCUUGGUUGGACUCCUGGGCCUCAUGGGAGCUUACGCGGCCGGCAGCUGCCGGAAGCUGCGAACCUCAAUCUAUGUCUUUGCGCUCGUGGCCGUGGUGGUCGCCUUCCUCCUCGUGCAAAUCCUACUUUAUGUGUUCGCGGACCGCGACCACUGGUUAGAUCGGCUGCCACGGCGGGUGAAGGUACUAUUCAAGCCGCUCUGGACAGGGCCGACCGGCUGCAGCAAGGACAAGAGCAAGGAGGAUAAACCGGAGAGCGAGAGGUACCUGAAGCGAAAGUACCUGAUGGUUCUCGGCAUCCUCGCGGCGAGCGUGACGUAUCAGGCGGGUCUCGCACCUCCUGGUGGCACGUGGGGCGACGACGACACUGCACCGUCGCCAUCGCCAUCCCAAUCGGCAUACCCACCCACCGUCGCCGGCAACCCGAUCCUGCUUGAUUUUAACGCCCCACGGUACCAGGCAUUCUUCUACUGCAACGCCACAUCGUUCGUGGCCUCCAUUGUUGUCAUCAUGUUGCUACUGCAGCGCACCCUGAAGCCACGCGGCCCGCCACUGUGGGCGAUGCAGACCGCCGUGUUGCUGGACCUAUUGGGCCUACUGGGCGCCUACGCCGCCGGCAGCUGUAGGGACUGGGAGACAUCGAUCUACGUCAUCACGCUGGUCGCCAUUGUGGUCCUCUUCAUCGCGCUGCACGUGCUGCUGUCGUUCCACGUCGUAUUUAUAAAGGCCAAGAAGCUCAUGCCCAACAAGUGCUUUGAAGUCGAUGAUAAUUAAGGCCAGCCGCAAUGACAAGUUGACCAUUGCAUAGUUAACGUUAUUAUUUUUUCACGGGUUCUGUUUGAUGUGGCAUGUAUAUAAGUGUUGCAUGUAAAUUUUGAAUAAUUCAAUUCAAUUGCUCUAUUUUCUA